AUGAAUCAGGACUUGCUGGAAAUCACAGUACGGUGGAGAUGAGCUGCUGGGUGGAGGUACAUUCGGACCAUGUAUCUCGGCAUUCAGAGCCACCGGCAGAAGGAGAACCAGCGGCGGUUCUACUGGGCCAUGAUGUAUGAGUACGCCGACGUGAAUAUGCUGCGACUGCUGGAGACCUUCCUGGAAAGCGCCCCUCAGCUGGUGCUGCAGCUCUGCAUCAUGAUCCAGAGCAACAAGGCUGAGUGGCUGCAGUGUGUUUCUGCCAUGUCCUCCCUCCUGUCCCUGGCCUGGGUGCUAGCAUCUUACCACAAACUCCUGCGUGACUCACGUGACGACAAGAAGAGCAUGAGUUACCGAGGUGCCCUGGUGCAUCUGUUCUGGCGCCUUUUCACCAUCUCUUCGCGGGUGCUCUCCUUUGCCCUGUUUGCCUCUGUUUUCCACAUCUACUUUGGCAUUUUUGUGGUGCUCCACUGGUGUGCCAUGGCCUUCUGGGUCAUCCAUGGCGGCACCGACUUCUGCAUGUCCAAAUGGGAGGAGGUACUGUUCAACAUGGUGGUGGGCGUGGUGUACGUCUUUUGCUGGUUCAGUGUGCGUGAGGGCCGGACGCGGUACAGAAUGGUGGCCUAUUACACGGUAGUCCUGCUGGAGAACGCCAUCCUCAGCACCCUUUGGUAUGCAUACCGCGACCCAGCCACCACCGACGCCUAUGCCUCUUUAGCCCUCUGUGGCGUCUUCCUGUGCUUUGCCUCAGGUGUGGCCUGCAUGGUUCUCUACUACGGGGUUCUUCACCCCAUGGGCCCCCGCCUGAGGGUUCUGGCCAGCUCCUGCUGUGCCGAGCUGCUGUGGGGCCUUCCGUUGCCUCCCGAGGCCGAGCCCAUGGCCCCCACACCGGGGCCCCGCGGCUCCCAGGCCACGCCCACGCGGGGCCUGGUGGGGGAACACGUGGAGUCGGAGGAGGCGGCCACGGACACCUGCCUUCCGGUUUUCCAGGUGAGGUCCACGGAACCGGUGGACGCGGCCGGGAGGCCCAUCCGCCCUGAGGGUCCGCUCAUCAAGAUAGACAUGCCCAGAAAGCGCUACCCCGCCUGGGACGCACACUUUGUGGACCGGCGCCUGCGCAGGACCAUAAACGUGCUGCAGUACAUUAGCCCUAACGCGGUGGGCAUCAGGUACAGGGACGGUCCGCUUCUGUACGAACUCCUGCAGUACGAAUCGUCCCUCUGA